GAGAGGAAAAUAUGUCGGUGAAAGGGGGUGGAACGAGAGGGUUUUACUUUAACACAGUUUUAUCCCUUGCGCGGUCUUUGGCAGCACAUCGGCCAGCUCCGAUUGAUAAGGUUCAGAAGCUACAAUGCAUGUGCCCUGUGGAUUUGCGUGGCGUAUAUCAACUGGACGAACGGCGCAGAGAUGCUGUAAUCGCGCUUGGCAUUUUUCUGGUGGAGUCGGACUUACAGUCCAAAGACACCAUUGUUCCCUACUUACUGGGACUGCUUAAGGGGUUGCCGCGGGUUCAAUGGAUUGAGGAGAGCACAGGAAGGAAGGGGAGAGAAGCACUCCCCAUUGCAGAGAACUUCAGCUUCUGCCUAGUGACCCUUCUCUCAGACGUUGCCCAGAAAGAUGCAUCCUCACGAGGACAGAUUUUGGAAGCUAUUAUGGAUGUCAUGCAGGCACUUCUGGAAAUGUGUCAAGCACCUGAGAACCAUGAUAAAGAGUACCUGUGCAGAUAUGCCGUGCCUUGCCUGCUUGGUGUGACCCGAGCCUUCGGCCGCUUCAGCAACACAGAUGAGUCACUGCUCUCCAAGUUGUUCCCUCGAGGGACGCAGCAGACCCUGCGCGUCUCUGACGAGCUUGAGGGUGUCCGCCGCCGCUCCUUCAACGAUUUCCGCUCCAUCCUGCCCAGCUCCCUGCUCACCGUCUGCCAGGGAGACACGCUCCGACGCAAGACCAGCAGCGUGUCCAACCUUUCCCAGGUCAGUCCAGAUCGUGGAGGGCCUUCCCCAAGUUCCCCAUCUGGACCGUCCACUCAGUAUUUUGAAGGCUCCUAUCUCCCAGAUGGCAGUGCUUUGGACCCAGACUACUACUUCUCCACUAUCAGCUCCAGUUUCUCUGUCUCACCCCUCUUCACUGGCAGCAGCAACAAGGAAUUUGACAUCCCCAUGGAUGUGCUGAAGCUCCUCCUACACAUGGUAAAGCGGUUUGUUUCGGAACCUUUUCUGAAAACUCUGGACACAACAAUGGUGGAAGUGAUGGAGAUGAAUCCUGGUAUCAGUUUGUACUACAGAACCUUCAGUGAUCCCCUGUAUGUGGAUAUGUUUAAAAUGCUGAGGGACACCUUGUAUUACAUGAAAGACCUGCAGACAUCCUUCGUGAAAGAAGUACAUGACUUUGUGCUGGAGCAGUUCAGCAGUAGCCAGUCAGAGCUGCAGAAGAUCCUGCAUGAUGUGGAACACCUGCACAGUGAGCUGAGCCCUCUAAAGCUGCGCUGCCAGGCCAGCGCCGCCUGCGUGGACCUCAUGGUGUGGGCAGUCAAGGACGAGCAAGGUGCUGAGAACCUCUGCACCAAACUCUCUGAGAAACUGCAGUCCAAGACCUCCAGCAAAAUCAUCAUUGCACACAUGCCCCUGCUCAUCUGUUGCCUACAGGGUCUGGGGCGGCUGUGUGAGCGGUUCCCUGUGGUGGCACACUCUGUCACUAUGUCUCUGAGGGACUUCCUGGUUGUGCCCUCCCCUGUCCUGGUGAAGCUCUACAAGUACCACAGUCAGUACAGCACAGUAGGUACUGGAGAAAUCAAAAUCAGUGUGACCAAUGAGCACUCGCAGUCCACCCUCAAUGUGCUGUCCAACAAGAAGGGACAGCCUUCUAUGUAUGAGCAGCUGAGGGACAUCUCUAUCGAUAAUAUCUGCAGGUGUCUGAAAGCAGGGCUAACCAUGGACCCUGUGAUUGUGGAGGCCUUUUUGGCCAGCCUCUCCAAUCGCCUCUACAUCUCCCAGGAGAAUGACAAGGAUGCCCACCUGAUCCCGGAUCACACCAUUCGUGCGCUGGGUCACAUCGCGGUGGCCCUGCGUGACACACCCCGGGUGAUGGAGCCCAUCUUGCAGAUUCUGCAGCAGAAAUUCUGCCAGCCACCCUCCCAGCUGGACGUGCUGAUCAUAGACCAGCUGGGCUGCAUGGUCAUCACCGGCAAUCAAUAUAUUUACCAGGAAGUGUGGAACCUGUUUCAGCAGAUCAGUGUAAAAGCCAGCUCAGUGGUUUACUCAGCCACCAAAGACUACAAGGAUGUUGGAUACAGACACUGCUCAUUGGCUGUGAUCAAUGCGCUGGCCAAUAUCGCCGCUAACCUGCAGGGGGAGCAGAUGGUGGACGAGCUCCUGGUCAACCUGCUGGAGCUGUUUGUGCAGCUGGGCCUGGAGGGCAAGAGGGCCAGCGAGAGGGCCAGUGACAAAGGCCCUGCCCUCAAGGCCUCCAGCAGCGCUGGGAAUCUGGGAGUCCUUAUUCCAGUCAUUGCUGUGCUGACCAGGAGGCUGCCACCUAUCAAAGAGGCCAAGCCCAGGCUGCAGAAGCUCUUCCGGGACUUCUGGCUCUACUCCGUGGUGAUGGGCUUUGCUGUGGAGGGCUCAGGGCUGUGGCCAGAAGAGUGGUACGAAGGCGUGUGCGAAAUUGCCACCAAGUCCCCCCUGCUCACUUUCCCCAGUGGGGAACCCCUCCGAUCAGAGCUGCAGUACAACUCCGCCCUCAAGAACGACACCGUCACAGCAGCUGAACUGAAUGAGCUGCGGAGCACCAUCAUCAACCUGCUAGACCCUCCCCCCGAAGUGGCUGCUCUCAUUAACAAGCUGGACUUCGCCAUGUCCACCUACUUACUGUCUGUCUAUCGGCUGGAGUACAUGCGGGUGCUCCGCUCCUCUGAUCCCGACCGCUUCCAGGUGAUGUUCCGCUAUUUUGAGGACAAAGCCAUCCAGAAGGACAAGUCAGGGAUGAUGCAGUGUGUCAUAGCUGUGGGUGACAAGGUCUUUGAGGUCUUCCUGCAAAUGAUGGCCGACAAGCCCAAGACCAAAGAGCACGAGGAGGAAUUGGAACGCCACGCCCAGUUCUUGCUGGUCAACUUCAACCACACGCACAAGAGGAUCCGAAGGGUGGCCGACAAGUACCUCUCCGGCCUGGCUGAGACUUUCCCUCAUCUGCUUUGGAGUGGCCGAGUCUUGAAGACAAUGCUGGACAUCCUCCAGACAUUGUCCCUAUCACUCAGUGCCGACAUCCACAAGGACCAGCCGUACUAUGACAUUCCAGACACUCCUUACCGGAUUACUGUGCCAGACACAUAUGAAGCCAGAGAGAGCAUCGUGAAGGACUUUGCAGCACGCUGUGGGGAGAUCCUGAAGGAAGCGAUGAAGUGGGCCUCCUCCGUAACCAAGUCCCACCUUCAAGAGUACUUGAAUAAGCACCAGAACUGGGUGUCAGGCCUCUCCCAGCACACCGGCCUUGCCAUGGCUACAGAGAGUAUCCUGCACUUUGCUGGCUACAACCGCCAGAGCACCACGUUAGGGACCACUCAGCUGACCGAAAGGCCAGCCUGCGUCAAGAAGGAUUACUCCAACUUCAUGGCCUCCCUCAACCUCCGGAACCGCUACACAGGAGAGGUGGCUGGGAUGAUCCAGUUCUCCGAGGCCACAAGGAGCACCUCGGACCUCAACAAGCUGAUGAUCCGGCAGAUGGACGAGGCGCUGGAGGCAGGACAGCCCGAGGCCUUUACCCAGGCCAUGUUCAAGCUGGCUGCGCUGCUCAUUAGCAGCAAAGACUGUGACCCCCAGCUCCUGCACCACCUCUGCUGGGCACCCCUCAAGAUGUUCACCGAGCACGGCAUGGAGGCUGCCAUAGCCUGCUGGGAGUGGUUCCUGGCUGCCAGGAAUGGCGUGGAAGUGCCGUUUAUGCGUGAGAUGGCGGGGGCCUGGCAGAUGACCGUGGAGCUGAAGAUGGGCUUGUUCUCAGAGGCGAAGGUGGAGGCCGACCCCCUGGCCAUAUCUGAGGAGAGUCAGCCCUUGCCCUGCCCACCAGAGGUCACUCCUCACUUCAUCUGGAUUGAGUUCUUAGUGCAGCGGUUUGAAAUUGCCAAGUACUGUAGCGCGGACCAGGUGGAGAUCUUCGCCAGCCUCCUUCAGAGGUCUCUGUCGCUCAGUGUGGGCGGCCCCAAGAGCAGCCUGAACCGGCAUGUGGCUGCCAUCGGGCCCCGCUUCAGGCUGCUGACGCUUGGCCUUGCACUGCUCCACGCCGAUGUGGUCACCAACGCCACCAUCCGCAAUGUGCUACGUGAGAAGAUCUACUCCACUGCCUUUGAUUACUUCAGCAUAUCAUCUAAGUUUCCCACACAGGGAGAGAAGCGUCUCCGAGAAGACAUCAGCAUUAUGAUUAAGUUCUAUGCCAGCAUGCUGUCGGACAAGAAGUACCUCGCUGCCAACCAACUGGUGCCACCAGACAACCAGGACCUGUCGGUGAACAGCCUGUCCGUGAUGACGGUGACCGACUCCAGGAACAGUCUGGACGUGGCUGUGGGAUCGCGCCAGCAGACCACCCAGGGCUGGAUCAACACCUACCCGCUGUCCAGCGGCAUGUCCACCAUCUCCAAGAAAUCAGGCUUGUCAAAGAAAAGCAACAGAGGGACCCAGCUUCACAAGUACUAUAUGAAACGCAGGACCUUGCUGCUGGCCUUGCUGGCCAGUGAGAUCGAGCGCCUGACCACCUGGUACAACCCUCUGUCCACCCAAGAGCUGGCCAUCUCCACAGAGCAGUCAGUAGAAACUAGCAUAGCCAACUGGAGGUCCAAGUACAUCAACUUGAGUGAGAAGCAGUGGAAGGACAAUGUCAACCUGGCCUGGAGCAUCUCACCCUACCUGGCCUUGCAGCUGCCUGCUAGGUUUAAGAAUGCGGAAGCCAUCGUGAUGGAAGUGACACGCCUUGUACGCCUGGACCCUGCUGCGGUCAGUGAUGUCCCUGAGGCGGUCAAGUUCCUGGUAACGUGGCACACCAUCGAUGCCGACUCGCCUGAGCUGAGCCACAUCUUGUGCUGGGCGCCCGCUGACCCCCCGACGGGCCUCUCGUACUUCUCCAGCAUGUACCCGCCCCACCCCCUCACCGCCCAGUACGGCGUCAAAGUGCUGCGCUCCUUCCCCCCAGAUGCCAUUUUAUUCUACAUUCCUCAAAUUGUUCAAGCUCUGCGCUAUGAUAAGAUGGGAUAUGUGCGAGAGUACAUUCUGUGGGCAGCCCAGAAAUCUCAGCUUCUGGCCCACCAGUUCAUCUGGAACAUGAAGACAAACAUCUACCUGGACGAGGAGGGCCACCAGAAAGACCCUGACAUUGGGGAGCUGCUGGAACAAAUGGUGGAGGAGAUCACCGGCUCCCUGUCGGGCCCAGCCAAGGACUUCUACCAGCGCGAGUUCGACUUCUUCAACAAGAUCACCAACGUGUCUGCCAUUAUCAAGCCUGUCCCUAAAGGCGAUGAGAGAAAAAGAGCUUGUCUCAAAGCUCUCUCUGACAUUAAAGUGCAACCCGGUUGCUAUUUACCCAGUAAUCCAGAGGCCAUAGUGCUGGACAUUGACUACAAGUCUGGAACACCUAUGCAGAGCGCUGCCAAGGCCCCUUACCUGGCCAAGUUCAAAGUGAAGCGUUGCGGAGUCAGCGAGCUGGAGAAGGAAGGUCUGAGCUGCCGCUCCGACUCAUUGGAUGAGGCCGAGGAGAGCGAGGACAAGUCCCGCAGGGUCUGCUGGCAGGCGGCCAUCUUCAAAGUCGGGGAUGACUGCAGACAGGACAUGCUGGCUCUUCAGGUCAUUGGCCUGUUCAAGAACAUCUUCCAGCUGGUGGGGCUGGACCUGUUCGUGUUCCCCUACAGAGUGGUGGCCACUGCCCCUGGGUGUGGCGUUAUUGAGUGCAUUCCAGACUGCAAAUCCCGGGACCAGCUUGGCCGACAGACGGACUUUGGGAUGUAUGACUACUUCCGGAAUCAGUACGGAGACGAGUCCACACUUGCUUUCCAGAAGGCCCGGUACAACUUCAUCCGCAGCAUGGCGGCGUACAGCCUGCUGCUGUUCCUGCUACAGAUCAAGGACCGGCACAACGGCAACAUCAUGCUGGACAGCAAGGGCCACCUCAUCCACAUCGACUUUGGUUUCAUGUUUGAGAGCUCUCCUGGAGGGAACCUGGGGUGGGAGCCCGACAUCAAGCUGACCGAUGAGAUGGUGAUGAUCAUGGGUGGCAAAAUGGAGGCCACGCCUUUCAAGUGGUUCAUGGAGAUGUGCGUGCGGGGUUACCUGGCAGUCAGGCCUUACAUGGAUGCAGUCGUCUCCCUGGUGACACUAAUGCUGGACACUGGGCUGCCGUGCUUUCGCGGACAGACCAUAAAACUGCUCAAGCAGAGGUUCAACCCCAGUCUGAGUGAGAAGGAGGCCGCUGCCUUCAUCAUCAAAGUGAUCCAGAGCUGCUUCCUCAGCAGCAGGAGCAAAACCUAUGACAUGAUUCAGUACUACCAGAACCAGAUCCCGUACUGAGGUGGUGUGAUGAAGGUUCCCCUGCAGCUUCCCCCAUCCCACCUUGCCUGCUUUUUCGUGAUUAUGAAAUCCGAGCUGUUACACUGUCACACUAGCAUCUGGAAUUAUGUGCACUUUAAAGAUGAAACUGUUUACUCAAGUCAGACUGCAUGUUAAGUUAAUGGGCAUUUUUAAAGAGGACACGUUUCAGCUUUUAAGCAUUAUUUUGUUUGCCAAUGUGUGCAUUCUGGAACACUGAUUUCUUGUUAGAAGAAAAAUAUGUUUUGAUUGUACUUGAAAAUUCUUAAUUUCAUGUAGUCUGAAUUUUCUAUGACCACGGACCUAACUGUGCUCUGUAUAGUACUGCUUUUACCUGGAAAAACUCAGAAGCCUCUUAAUCUAUUGUGUCAUUUUCCCAGAUUGCAUUUUCCUUAACCAUAUGUGCUUCAAGUGAUCGAGUGCGGUCUUUCUCAGUCCUGGUGCUCGGGACCCACUGCUGAAUGCUGAUUUUCAUACCGUCUGAGCUCUCAGUUUCUUAGGUUUGAUCAGGCUGUUAAAUGAGUACAGGCCUCAGUUUUACUUCACUUCAGUUCUCUUUUACAAAUAUGAGUUGUGAGGAAGAUGGACAUGUGAAGUUAUUUCUAUUCAUUUGAUACUCAAAUUAGUAGCAAAUUAGUAAUACAAAUAAUUAUUAAUCUUGAUUGAUUAGUUAUACA